AUGUCCGGUACUGCCAAUUGUACGUCGGCUCCAGCCGUGGCCGCUACCGACGCAGGCGUCGCUGGUACCGGGGUCCUCCUCAGUUUCAUCUUCACGGCUGUUAUUGCUAUCGUCAUAUCCGCCUCGCUCAUCAUCCAGGAACAAUAUUACAAACAGAGCAAACCUUCGGUGGUCCGGCGCAAGCUUCUCAACGCAUAUUCGGAUCAGCAGAUUUUGACUGGUAUCGGCAUUCAAUCUGUAGGGCUGGUCAAGAUGCACAUCAUGAUCCCGUACCAUUUCUUCAUCAUAUGGAUGCUCUCGCUUCUAGCCAUGGCGGUUCACAAUGCCACUCUUUUGGCUCUCGUCCACGACUUUCGCCGUGACUGGGUUCUGCGCUGGCUGCGACAGUUUCUCAUGUUUGUCAGCCUGGCACUAAGUUCCGUCUACGGAGGCAUUAUUCUCAAGGCCGUAGAAAACGGCCUGACCGAGUCGACCUUGCCCAUUGCCUGUGUGUGGGAUUCCGAUGCCGUCAAGACGUCCAGCUCCGGAGCUAGUAAAUCGCUGUCGUACUUCGGUACCAUUGCCGUUAUUGCCAUUAAUGCUAUCAUCUUCGGGAUGGCCACGUGGUACCUUCACUCGCGGGACCAGAAGUUUUAUCGCAUCACGCAAAUUAUGGGACUGGUACUUAUGACUGCCAGCGCCGUUGGCGCUACGGUGCGGGUGAUAACCUUGUCCCAGGCCUUUGGCUCGCCGUCUGUACCCCUGGCUGAUGAAGGAGAAAAGUCGUGGAGUUUUGGAACCCUACUUUCGCUGACUCUACUCAUUCUGCCACUCAUCUCUGUCAUAGAAAUCCUUCGAGGUGAAGUGCGCUGUGCACCGCCAGUGCCGGAUGAAGGCGAUAGGACCAAAUUGUUGGGCACUGAUGAGAACGAGCUCCACCCCUUUCAACCGAAUCCCUUUUGGGGAGGCCAAAACCAAAUGCGCAAGAGAUAG